AUGUCUCUCCCACCUAACGUUCACGUCUCCUCUCACCCCUGUCUCCAAGCCAAGCUCUCUCUCAUCCGCUCGUCUUCCACCACCCCGCGCGAGACAAGAGGCUUGGUCCAUGACAUUUCCAACAUCCUAGGCGUGGAAGCCUUUACAGGGCUGAAGCUGGCCAAGACAGGAACAGACAAAACCCCACUUGGAAUCGAAUACGAAACCCAGGGAAUCGACCCAGCAGACCUAGCUUUAGUGCCAAUCCUUCGAUCUGGCCUAGGAAUGGUUGAUGCCCUGAACGACCUCCUCCCAACCCCAGUCCCAGUCUACCACCUGGGUCUCUUCCGCGAAAAGGUCACCCUGCAACCCGUAGAAUACUACAACAACCUCCCCUUCCACCGGUCGGAGCUGUCACCAGCCUCGCCAGCCUCGCUGAACGCAACGACCAACACCGCCGCCGCAAGCCUGGCCGUGCUGCUGGACCCGGUCAUUGCGACUGGCGCGACGGCCGAGGCGGCGAUUCUGUUGCUGCGCGAUUGGGGUGUGAAGAAGGUCAUUAUGCUUAGCUUGAUUGCCUCUGAGGAGGGAGUGAAGCGUGCGGCGGGGACUUGGGGUGAUGUGGAGGUUUGGGUUGGUGCUAUUGAUAAGGGCGUUGAUGAGAAGGGCAUGAUUGUGCCUGGUAUUGGAGAUAUUGGAGAUCGGUUGUUUGUUGCUGUUGGGAAGUAG